AUGGCGGCCUCGUUCGAGUUCCAGGGCCGGAAAUACGUGCUCGACGAUACGGCCAAACAGUACAAAACCGCCUUCGACGACUGCCGCGGCGCGCUCGAGGAGACGGCAGCCAUUUUCCGGGAGCCAGGCUUCGACACGGAUAUGAAUGGGUGGAAGCCGGACCACUCGAGCCAGACGACCAAGAUGUUCUACAGCGACCGCAAGAAUGGGCGCUAUUUUUGUGGCAAGACCCAACUCCCCUUGACCACCGAAAAGGCGCUGGCAGCCGUGUUCGCCGACGUCGAGAGCUCGGUGAAGUGGAACGACAGCUACAAGUUCUCGAAAAAGCAUAUGCAGCUCGGGGAGGAUUUGGAUAUUUCACAUUACGCCACCAACAAGAAGCUGAUCGUCGAGGGACGAGAAUUUAUCUGCGCGAGGGCUGUAUUCAGGGAUGCGGACGGCAGCAUCCUCUUUGCCGCCAAAAGCACCGAGUUGAAGGAGAUCAAGGAGGGCGAGCAUGGCGUCAGAGCACACCUCUACAUCUCUGCCGGCCGAGUCCGACCACUCCCUAAUGACGCCACAAAGUGUACGUACGACUACGUGGUGUGCGUCGAUAUGAAAGGUAUGAUGUGGAAAAGCGUGCUGAACCCGGUGCUCGGCCGCCUCCUUCACGAAGACGUCGAAAAUGUGCGGCGCCACUGCGAGAAGCUCGCUGCCGAAGGGAAA